UCGUCAUGAAAGCUCGGCGCGACGGUGCCAUUGCACUCUAUACUGUUUACACGUUCGGUAUACGCACGCGGUUCGGUAAUAAACAACGGCGCGAAUGAUCGAUCUCGACGUGCGGCAGAAGUGGUGUUUACGAAAAAAAGGAUUAACGAGCCCGAGUACAGGUAUAAAAGAGAGACAGCAAUUUUUAUUGCGCAGUGACUCUGUAUGCUGUAUAGCGCUUUUUUAUCAUCCGCGCUUUGCAGUCGCAGAGCUUAAUUUCUUUUUCUGCGUUACACUUUGCGACAGUGGCACACUAUUAACGGCGUUUCUGAAGAAGACUUAUUGCGAGAAUGGAAACGCGCAUCAAGAGCGUGUUAUCGUGAAAUAUGAAUACCGAGAACUAUAUGUCUAGACACUAUAUAAAUGAGCAUCGAUUGCGUGUAACAAGAACCGCGAAAACGAUGUCAAUCAGCUGUUUCGAGGCAUAAUUAUAAAUACUACGGCAAAACGUCGCGCGAACACGAGCGCGUUCGUGGAAAAGGGUCGAUCCACGAGAACAAAGGCCAUCGCACUGGCGCAAAAAACUACCCCGCACUAGCACAUGAAACCACCGUCUCUACGUGUACGGGCAACUUUAGUCAUUACAGCUGAUAUCGUCGCUCCGAGGAAAAGUGAUAGCCAGAUCCACAAAAACGUAAACCUCUACAUGCAGCAGCACUGUUAGAUGAAAUAACAGAUAAUGUUAAAAAUAGUGCGGUUGUAACAAGAUCGAAACUAAAAGAAAUGCAGAACGAUCAAAGUAAUGACAGUGAUGAUGAUUUAGAUGUGAUUACUUCUGAUUCUGGCAGUGAAGAUGAAACAUCGAAUAGAUCUUUGGAAAAAGUUGAUUUUAUGAUGAAUUCUAAAGGACAAAUUAGGACAAGAUCAAAUGUAAGAAAAUCAACCGAAGUUUCUUUACAAGAAUUUCAAAAGAAAAUCGAACAGACUAAGGAAACCAAAAAGAUUACAAUUAUAAAAAAAUAUCAAAUCAGUUCAAACGAACCAUUAAAAAAGAACAAGAAUAAUACAAAUUAUAUGCUCUAUAUUGUUGCAUUCAUUAUUUUUAUUCUACUUUUGUACUAUAUCAUCAAUAGAAAAGUGUUUGCAGCAGACAAUACUAAUAAUGAUAUAAAAGAAAUAAGUGAAACAGAACGCGUUGAGUCUGUGGUACGUGAUGUUUUAGUAACUCUAAAAAGUAUGAAGUCAAAAUAUAAAAAUCAAGAAAAAGAAUUAUGGCAAAAUGCUUAUGUGGCUAUAGUUAAUAUUAUUCGUAAUCCGAAGAAACCAUCUAUAAUUGUAUUACUAGGAGACAAGUCAGAUCCAUUGGAUUGCUUAGCUGUUUUGUUAGGAAAUGUUAGCAGCAAUGCUCUGAACAGUGGAAGUCUGAUACUUACACCUGAUAAAUUUGAUUCGGAUAUGGGUACAGUUAUAGAAUCAUUAAAAGUUAGCAUUCAAAAUAAAAAAGCUGUUAUUGUUUGGGAUUUAUUAAACAUAAAUACUGAAGCUUUAAAAGCAUUUCAUAAUUUGUGUGAUAGAAUAAAUCCUCUUGUUGAAGAAGUAAUUUUUAUAAUUACUAUCAUAACUGAUGGUUAUGAUAAAAAAAGUAAUCCAAUUGAAUUUGUUGAGAAAGAACUUUUUAAGAAAUUGUCUGGUACAAUGAAAAAAGAUGCUAUUCAACCUUUGAUCACCAGAAUAACUGAUGGUCCAAUAUUGACUGUAAAACCCGAACCAAAUAUAGAACAAUGUCCAUUACCUAAAGCUAAUAAAAUUUAAAAAUUUUACUUUGUGAUUUAUCCUGUUUUUCAAAAGUAUUAACGAAUUUUUCAUCAGUGCUGUAAUAUACAUGUGUAUAUACAUAAAAAAGAAAAAUUUCUACAUGCAACUUCAUUAUACAACCGUGAUAUUUUUUUAACAUCUGACAUUUAAAAAUUAUGAAUGAUAUAAAGAUAAUCAAUGUUUUUAUCAAAAUAUACUUGUAUAGAAGUAUCUAAAUAAUUUACAUGUAUACAAAGAAUCAAUAAAAGAAUAAUUUUUAUAGUAAACAAUUUCUUUUUUAUAAUUAUAAUAUUUUACUUUAUUAGUAUAUUUAUGCCAUAAUGUACACAAAAACGAUAAUAACAUUUGUUAAACUGGCAAUAAUAUUCAACUAGAAAUAAAAAUUUCUUUAUUUUUAGAGGAUAAAAAGAUGAAAAUAAUAAUUUGAUUUCAUAAAAAUCUUUGCAAAAUAAAGAUUAUACAACUUUGAAAAAUCACUCCUGAAAUAAUUGUAUAAUUGUAUUGAUCAUAAUAUUAAUUUAAUGACAUGCAAAGAUAAGGAAUCUAUCUCUACUUAAUUCAUAUUUAUAUUAAUUUCUUUUUAUCCUCUUGUUUUUUAACUUUUGAUUAAAAAAAAAACAAGAUAUUAAAGAUUUAUAUUAUAUUUUUCAUGAUUUUAAAAAAGCUUGACAAUUUUGCACUUUUGUAAAUAAAUAGAAUCUAAUAAAACUGUUGGCAUUGUUACAUAAUAUAUAUAUAUAUAUUCUAUUGCUGAAUAUUACAUUAGUUGAACUUAAAACAAAUUUAAGGGUAAAUGAGAUGGGUUUCAUGCUUCGUUUCUAAAAACAUCAUCGUUUUGACGUUGUAGCGUAGCAGUCGGCAGUCAUUGUAGUAUUAUUUACUGACAUCGUCUCAAAAUCAUCACAUUUUAGUUUCUAUCUCAUCGUCUCUUUUCCAAUGAUUUCGCUUUACGCAAAAAAUAAAAUUAUGCUCUCUAAACAAUAAAUGAAAAUUCAUAUUAAUACGCAUGUUUUAUUUUAAUGCGCAUUUAAUGACUGUAAUGAUAAAAGCGUAAGCAGAAAGUCAUUUCAAAGUGACAAUGAGAACUCGUUGGCUCAUAAUGCAAGAAAAAGAAAAAAUCUUAACUAGGCAAUAUACAACGAGUGACUUUCUUUGUAGCAUAUCUUUCGUUAUGAUCUUACAUGUCGGUAACUAAAAAUAUGCAGUAUAUAUAGUAGCAUUUGUAUUACAUAGUAUUGUAUCGUCGAACCUAAAUAAUAAAUACAUUUUAUACAGUCACAGACCUUUUAUACAGAAUGUCCAAAACUUUAUUUGCUGUACAGUCCAUUCACGAUAUCUACAGCGAUUUAGAAUUUAGGUAAUUUAUAAUUUCUAUAUUAAUUUAUAGUCAAAAAGCAAUCAUCAAAAUGAAA